GGCUCCAUGACGAUGAUGACCAGCAGCAACAGCAGGAGAGGUGAUGGUGUGCGGGAGGAGCGUCCACCCACACCAACUCUGGACGAGUUGAUGGGAGGAAUGGUUGUGGAGACGCAAGGAGAAGUGCGACAGCAACCACAACCGCAACAGCAGCGACAACGCGGUGUAGGGCACCAAGGAGAGGAAGAUGAAGGCCUGGGCGGUGUGGUCAUGGGCAUGCCUGAACCAUUGGUUCCUGCAACACACCAGGACCAACAACAACAACAGCGACAACAGCACCAGCAACGUGAUCCACCAGGCCCUGCCAGUGGGCGAAGUACGCCAGAGCUGGACGAAUUGGUGCGCCAGGAUAUGGCGCGUGUGCGCGUCGACAGCAAUGGAAACCCUAUUCCCCUGCCCCCGCUGCCAAGUGAUGAGACGCCGAUUCUGCAUGAGAGAGUGCCGGCUGUCCGGCAAGGUGCAAGCAGCCAACAUCCCGCACUCACGCCAUACGUGUCGCUUGAACAUGCCGUGUCCAACCUCUACGGCACCAUGCUUGCAUCUGCGCAAGAAGCGGAUGCCUUCUCUGACAAACAAGAUCCCAACGUGCUUCUGUCACACAUGAGCGAUGGCGUCACGUUUCCAUAUGAACUGCCCGCACGUGAUAGUACCCCAGCCACAGACCUGUGCCGGCUCGUACUACUGCCCUCGGAUUUCGAGUCCCUCGAAGCGGAACCUAUGGUGUUCUUUCUCGGGUAUCGGGACUGGCAGCAGCCUGACCAGCAUGUCGAUAUCCACCUCCCGUUUUGUGGGCUGGUCACGCAAGUACGCUGCACCUUCAAGGAUCUCCUGCAAGCAGAGACCUCGCCGCAAUGGCUGACGGCCGAGUGGGCCGUGUUUGAGGACAGGCGCGGUGCACAGCAGUACUACAAACGAGCUUGGCGCACCUUGUCCAACAAUCCUCCCGUAGACCCUGACGACGACACGCCAGGCAGCGCAAACGCAUACAACCACUUUACAUUCCCGCCAGCAGACCCAUUUGUGGCCGGGGAGCAGUGUCGCGUGUUCCAAUGUUCGUCCCCUGUAUCCUUGCGAAGCCUUGGGCGCGUGGUGUUCAACGCUGUCAUCAUCGUCAAUGUGCAGGUUGAAAACGUUGUUCUCAAACUCUAUUGUGCGGACAUAACGGCUUCGUGUGACGAGUUGAGGACACAUGUUGAGCCAAUCGUGCAGACAGCUGCGCAGCGCAUGAGGAUUUGGGCCAGGGACACGUCCAUCGCUCGCUCGCUCAAAGCGGUGCCGCCCUACAUUCAACUCCAUCGACAACAGCUAUUCGCUGCUUGGCAGGAACUGGUAGAGAAAUGGAACAGCACCACGUUUCGUAGCAAGUUUCCAAUUGCUUCUGCUCGUGAUGCACACGUGUGUGCACACUGCAAGCGCACGUUAUCGAGACCACUGGUUUGCAGCGGCUGUCGCGAAGUUGCGUAUUGCAGUGGCGGGUGUCAGCGGCGCCACUGGGCAGUUCACAAGCAGUCAUGCACGCGCUGCUUUGACGUGUGGAAGAAAGGCGCGGAACUGUACUGCAAGGCACGUGUGCAACCCAAGAGCCUGCCAUCGUUUCGCUGACACUGCCCCGCUGUGUGUGCGUGUGUGCGUGUGUGUGUGUGCGUGCGUGCGUGCGUGUGUGUGUGUGUGU